AUGGCUGCCACUGCUCUUCAAUCCCAAUUCAGCACUCGCCCAAUUUCCUGCUUUUCCUUCAACGCCGAUCGUUCAAAAGUUGCACUGUCGCUGAAUGAUCCUGUCAUCUACAUUUUCAAACAUACUGGUGCCGGAAAAUGGGCGAAGACCGAUGAGCUGCGAGAACAUACUGGCAAAGUUACAGGAGUCAGCUGGGCGCCCAAAUCCAACCAGAUCGUUUCUUGCGGCGCUGAUCGAAACGCUUAUGUUUGGAAGCAAAAUAACGAAGGAGUAUGGAAACAAGUGAUGGUUCUGAUCCGAGUCCAGCGAGGCGCCAUUACCGUAAAAUGGUCGCCCCAAGAAAACAAGUUCGCGAUCGGAACGGCCGCCCGUCUCAUUUCUAUCUGCUACUACGAAGCGAGCAACGACUGGUGGGUCUGCAAACACAUCAAAAAGCCGAUCCGAUCAUCUGUUCUCUCACUCUCCUGGCAUCCAAACAACAUUCUCCUGGCCGCAGGAACGUCGGAUUUCAAAUGCCGCGUCUUCUCAACUUAUCUCAAAGAGAUCGAAGAAAAGCCAGCGGCAACGAGCUGGGGAAAGAAAAUGUCCUUCGCGAAUCUGAUGGGCGAGUUCGGCACUGGCGUCGGCGGCUGGAUUCAUGGCUGUUCUUUCAGCGACGAUGGUGAGCGACUCGCAUUUAUUGGCCACGAUUCUACCGUGUCCUUCGUCCAAGGAGGGAUGGAAUCGUCGAUCGCCACGAAGACCCAGUUCUUACCCUUUACCGACUGCACUUGGAUCUCGCCAAAUGCUGUGGUCGCCGUUGGAUUUGACUGCAAUCCGAUGGUUUUCAACUUGCAAGGACCUGGAUUCUUCUUCUCCAACAAGUGCGACGACUCGGACAAGAAAAGCGGCGGCUCAGUUCUUUCAGGCCGCGCCAUGUUCCAAGCAAUGGACCGAAUGGCCUCUUCUACCAGCUCCGAAACGAUCAAGACGAAGCACAAGAACACCAUUCUCUCCGUCUCCCGAACCGCCGACGGUUUCGCUACUGGCGGCGCUGAUGGCCAAAUCAUUCAGUGGAAUGUCAACGCCCUCGCUUCGAAAUUCUCGUCUAUGAAGCUCUAA